AGUGGGCGGGCGGAGCGGCAAGUAUAUAAACUCGGGGGGUGACCGCUCUCUUUCCGCUGCGCCGCACCCGCUGUUGUGGAGGAGUUGCUGCUGGCUCAAGGCCCCCCCCUCUCUCACGCGACGCGCCAUGGCCGCCAACCCCAUCGUGUUCUUCGAUAUCGCCGCCAACGAUGAGCCGUUGGGGCGCGUCACCUUCGAGCUGUUUGCAGACAAGGUUCCAAAGACAGCAGAAAACUUCCGUGCCCUGACCACUGGGGAGAGAGGAUUUGGUUACAAGGGGUCCUGCUUUCACAGGAUCAUUCCUGGAUUCAUGUGCCAGGGUGGUGACUUUACAUGUCAUAAUGGAACUGGUGGUAAAUCGAUUUAUGGUGAGAAGUUUGCUGAUGAGAACUUCAUCCUGAAGCACACAGGUCCUGGCAUUUUGUCUAUGGCAAAUGCUGGCCCCAACACAAAUGGAUCCCAGUUCUUCAUCUGCACGGCUAAGACUGAGUGGUUGGAUGGGAAGCAUGUUGUCUUUGGCCGUGUCAAAGAUGGGAUGAAGGUGGUGGAGGCAAUGUCUGGCCUUGGAUCAAGAGAGGGCAAAACAAAGAAGAAGGUCACCAUUGCUAACUGUGGGCAGCUGUCAUAAAAUUCCUUUCUGUCUUAACCAACCAUUCCUUCUGUAGCUGGGGCUAACAUACCAUGGUGUUUAGCCCCUUGUAAUUCUUGUGUUCCUGACCUACUGCUGCAUUUCUAUUGGGUUUCAUUUCCCUUAUCUUCACAAGUCUAGCUGCACUGCAGAGUUAAGUUUAUGAUUAUGAAAUUAAAUAAAUAAAACAAGCUAAA